AUGGGGAAACGCAAGCAGGACCUCGGUGACGUGCCCAUGGGCGGCACACAGGCCGGCGAUGACGACUCUGACGAUGUGAGAUCCCUCAGCCCGCGCACCGCGCUGCAAUGGACGAUUGCUAACACCCUCCAGGACGUGGACAUGGUCAAUGUCGACUUCGAAUGGUUUGACCCGCAACCGGCCGUCGAUUUCCACGGCCUCAAGAACCUGCUCCGCCAAUUGUUCGACAAUGAUGCCCAGAUGUUUGAUCUGUCCGCUCUGGCCGAUCUGAUCCUCUCACAGCCGCUGCUGGGCUCGACGGUGAAGGUGGACGGUAACGAGUCGGAUCCGUAUGCGUUUCUGUCGGUGUUGAACUUGCAGGAGCACAAGGCUAACAAACUACCAGGACAAACCUGUCAUCCAAGACUUGAUCAAGUACUUCAAGGGCAAAGCCGCCGCCAACCCCGCCCUCUCCCCCUCAACGAGCUCCUCUCACAAACCCCCGUCCCCCCAAUCGGCCUCAUCUUGACCGAGCGCAUGAUCAACAUGCCCGCCGAGGUUAUCCCGCCCAUGUACAACAUGCUCCUGGAGGAGAUUGCUUGGGCCAUCGAGGACAAGGAACCCUACAACUUCUCCCACUACCUCAUUGUCUCGAAGAACUAUGAAGAGAUCGAGUCAAAGCUCGACCUAGAGGAGUCACGGCCGCAGAAGAAAAAGAAGAAGGGCAGCGAACCUCCUCAGCGCUUCUUCUUCCAUCCCGAGGAUGAUGUGUUGGAGCGGAAUGCGCUGUGCACGGGAACGAUGGAGUACACCAAUAAGCAAGAUGAGGGCCACGCGGACUCGAAGCGUGCGUUCCAGGAGCUGGGUAUUCGUACCAAGGGUAGCUUGACCUUGAUUGAUGGCGCCAACUUUGAGAAUACCGUCAAGGCGCUUACAGAGUACUUGAAAUCGCCAGGCAUGUAA